UGCUAAUGACAACCCCAAAAUAAGGGAUGUACUGCGCAAGUCAGAUGUCUGUCAAGUCAAAUCGGUUUUGUCAAAUAUCAGCAACGCGACAACAAAUCUAUGAAAAUGAUUAAAUAUUAAUUGAAGGCGUGUGUUUUAAUAUUAUUUUAUUAAAACAAAAUAUUGCACCAUUACUUUUAAACACAUUUAUAUUAAAAGUAUUUGUUUUGAGGAAUAAAUAAAAAUGGCAACGAGUGGCUCCGGUGCGGUAUUCUUUUUAGGCACGCGAGCGCAUUAUCAGGUGCUAAACCAGCCCGAGUCGCAAUACGACGCGGAGAACGGCAACACUUCGACGGAGACGAUAUACCAGAACCCAUCAGUCCAGGAGUUGUGGCCGGAGCAGAAGCGGGACGACAAUGAACGCUGGGGGUAUUGCGAGCAGGAAGUCAGUUUAUCAGAUGAGAGGGAGAGAUCGGACAGUUUGCUGCGCUCGCGACGCAGACAAAGUACGGCAGCACUGUGCGAGGGAGAUGACAUGAAGCCUGCACUACUCAACUCUGUGGGGAACAGUGGCCCAACGAAAUGUCCAAAAGGCCGUGGUACUUUGCUGACCCUGCUGUGGUCGCUGGCUCGACGCAAGAGGCGCGGUAUGACCAACGACGAGCUCUACCUACGACACAUUGACAGCGCACUUACUAACAACUGCACCUACAGGGAAAGCUGUCGGUGUUUAGAAUGCCAGAGCCGCUAUUUCGAGUGUGACGAAGAGAGCGAGGACUACAGCUCUGACGAGGACAGCUACGUGCCGCGGUACGUCGUGGAGGCCAUGGAGGCUCACCACCAGCUGCCCGAGUCUGACGAUGACGAGGUUUUCGUAGACACAGUCCCCGGAGACAACACAUCCACAGACAUGUUAUUGGAUGACAAGAAGAUGUCAGUGUCAUCCGACGAGCCUAUAACGGAAACGGAUGCUGACGCCGAAGAUAAACUGCAGCUAGAGGUCGCUGCCGGUACCCCGGUACUAUUAAAUUACUUGUUGACCCAUCCUAUAACGUGUACCAUACAGUAAUCAGUAGUUGAUAGACAUGUACAGAGGCUAAUCAAACCUA